UUUCCUUUAUACUCGGUGAGUCGCAGUGCAUGCUUGUAUCGCUCCGCCGGCAGAGGAAAUGCUCCUAGACCAAUCACAUCUGUGUUUACACCAUCACCUGUCAAACAUACACCCUCUGCUAUAUUUUCUCUCUGAAAGGAGCUGAAACACACACUCACACUGAAGCGCCUACGGUAGCCGCUAACUGGACGGACUCUCUGGCAAUUGACCUUUUGCAGUGGAAUAGCGGAAUAAGUCUUGAACAAUGAGCUCAGUGGCAGUGUUGACCCCGGAGAGCUUUGCGGAGCAUCGCAGUGGCCUCAAGGACCAGGAGAUUACAGGCUGUGUCCCGGAGGAUGAGGCCUACAUCCCGACCUACCUGGAGGCCUUCCCUCCGCUGCCGGAGAAAGGGGCACCAGGGGAGAAGGCCGGGGAGCCGGCUUCAGCGUGGGGGAGCAAGAUAAGGCCCAUCAAAGCCUCUGUUAUCACCCAGGUGUUCCAUGUGCCCCUGGAGGAGCGUCGCUACAAGGACAACAGCCAGUUUGGGGAGGGCGAGGAGGCCAAAGUGUGCUUGGAUAUCAUGCAGCGGACGGGGGCGCACAUUGAGCUGUCCCUGGCCAAAGACCAGGGCCUGUCCAUCAUGGUCACCGGCAAACUGGACUCUGUCAUGAAGGCUCGCAAGGAAAUCGUAGCUCGCCUGCAGACGCAGGCCUCAGCUACAGUCGCCAUCCCCAAGGAGCACCAUCGUUUUGUCAUUGGUAAGAACGGCGAGAAGCUGCAGGAGCUGGAGCUGAAGACCGCCACCAAGAUUGCUAUUCCACGUCCUGACGACCCUAGCGCCAACAUCCGCAUCACUGGCACCAAGGAGGGCAUCGAGAAGGCUCGCCACGAAAUACUUCUGAUCUCUGCUGAACAGGAUAAGCGUGCAGUGGAGCGUCUGUCCCUGGAGAAGGCCUUCCACCCAUUCAUCGCCGGCGCCCACAACCGGCUGGUGCAGGAGCUGAGCCAGGAGACGGGCGCUCGCAUCAGCAUCCCCCCGCCCAGCCUGCCCAAGGACGAGAUCGUCAUCACCGGGGAGAAGGAGGCCGUUGCCCUGGCACUCAGCCGCAUCCGAGCCAUCUACGACGACAAGAAGAGGAAGACCACCACCAUCUCCGUAGAGGUGAAGAAGUCUCAGCAUAAGUACAUUGUAGGUCCAAAGGGCAACACCCUGCAGGAGAUCCUGGAGGCCACGGGGGUGUCUGUGGAGAUGCCCCCUCUGGACUCUGGCUCAGAGACCAUUAUCCUCAGGGGGGAGCCUGACAAGCUGGGACCGGCGCUCACGCAGGUGUACGCAAAGGCGAAGAGUGUGAUGGUGAUGGAGGUGACCGCUCCGGCCUGGCUGCAUCGCUUCAUCAUUGGCAAGAAAGGACAGAACAUCGGGCGGAUCACACAGCAGCUACCACGGGUUCACAUAGAGUUUACGGACGGUGAGGAGCGCAUCAGUCUAGAGGGGCCAACAGAGGAGGUGGAACAGGCUCAGGCUCAGAUACAAGAGAUCAUCAAGGACCUGCUGGUGAGGAUGGACUACACUGAAGUCAUCAUAGACCAGCGUUUCCACAGACACCUCAUCGGAAAGAACGGAGCCAACAUCAAUCGAAUCAAGGAGCAGUACAAAGUGUCGGUACGAAUCCCCCAGGACUCUGAACGAAGUGGCCUGGUCCGGAUAGAGGGUGACCCUAAAGGAGUCCAGCUGGCACGCAGAGAGCUCAUUGAGAUGGUCCAGAGAAUGGAAAACGAGCGCACCAAAGACCUGAUUGUGGAGCAGAAGUUCCAUCGAACAAUCAUCGGCCAGAAGGGAGAAAAGAUCAAAGAAGUUCGAGACAAGUUCCCAGAGGUCAUUAUCAAUUUCCCCGACCCGUCGCAGAAGAGUGACAUCGUCCAGCUGAGAGGGCCGAAGAACGAGGUGGAGAAAUGUGCCAAGUUCCUCCAGAAAAUCAUUGCUGACCUGAUUGAGAAUAGCUUCUCGCUCUCCGUUCCCAUCUUUAAGCAGUUUCACAAAAACAUAAUUGGUAAGGGCGGCGCCAACAUCAAAAAGAUCCGUGAAGAGACCAACACUAAGAUCGACCUGCCGACAGAGAACAGUAACUCCGAGAUGAUCAUCAUCACAGGCAAGAAGAGCAACUGUGAGGCAGCCAGAGAACGAAUUCUCGCCAUCCAGAGAGAACUGGCCAACAUUAAGGAGACGGAGGUCACCAUCCCUGCCAAGCUGCACAACUCUCUGAUCGGCUCCAAGGGCUGCCUCGUGCGCUCCAUCAUGGAAGACUGCGGCGGCGUCCACAUCCAUUUCCCCUCCGAGGGCUCCGGCUCGGACAAGGUCACCAUCAGAGGGCCCGCUGGUGAGGUGGAGAAGGCCAAAAAACAGCUGCUGCAGCUGGCUGAAGAGAAGCAAGUCAACAACUUCACAGCUGAACUUCAGGCCAAACCAGAGUAUCAUAAAUUCCUGAUCGGCCGUGGUGGGGCCAAUAUUCGCCGCGUGCGGGACAGGACGGGGGCCCGCAUCAUCUUCCCGUCGCCAGAUGACACCGAGCAGGAACUGAUCACCAUCGUAGGGAAGGAGGAAGCUGUUCGUCAGGCCCAGAAGGAGCUGGAAAGUUUAGUCAAAAACUUGGACGAUGUGGUGGAGGACAGCAUGGUAGUAGACGUUCGCCACCACCGCCACUUUGUGUGCCGAAGAGGCCAGGUGCUGCGGGAGCUGGCAGAGGAGUACGGCGGAGUAGCCGUGAGCUUCCCUCGUACGGGAGCCAACAGUCAGCGGGUCACUUUGAAGGGAGCCAAGGACUGUGUGGAGGCUGCUAAGAAACGCAUCCAGGAGAUCAUCGAGGACCUGGAGUCCCAGGUGAGUGUGGAGGUGGCCAUCCCUCAGCGUUACCACCGUGCCAUCAUGGGGCCUAAAGGUUGCCGCAUCCAGCACAUCACCAGGGAGCACGAGGUCCAAAUCAAGUUCCCCGAGAGAGACGACAGUGCUGCAGGUCAGGAAGCUCCACCACAGGAAAACGGUGAGGUCAGUCCAGAGGCAGAGUUUGUCCCCCGCAAGUGUGACAUCAUUACCAUCGGUGGGCGUGCAGAGAAGUGUGAACUGGCUAAAGCCGCCCUGCUGGCAUUGGUUCCCAUAACAGAGGACGUCGAAGUGUCUUACGAGCUGCAUCGCUACAUCAUCGGCCAGAAGGGCAGUGGGAUCAGGAAGAUGAUGGAGGAGUACGAGGUGAACAUCUGGGUGCCGCAGCCAGAGAAGCAGCUGGAUGUGAUCAAGGUGACGGGCCUGGCAGCCAACGUGGAGCGAGCCAAACAGGGUCUGCUUGAGAGGGUCAAAGAACUGCAGGCUGAGCAGGAGGACAGGGCCCUGCGCAGUUUCAAGGUAACCAUGUCUGUAGAUCCAAAGUUUCAUCCCAAGAUCAUCGGCCGCAAGGGAGCGGUCAUCUCUCAGAUCAGGAAAGACCACGACGUCAGCAUCCAGUUCCCCGACAAAGGAGAUGAGCAGCAGGAUCUGAUUGUGAUCUCCGGGUAUGAGCGUAAUGUGGAGGAGGCGCGGCAGGCCAUCCAGCAGCUGGUGGCUGAGUUGCAGGAGAUGGUGAGUCAAGAUGUCCAUCUGGACCCGAGGACCCACGCUCGCAUCAUCGGAGCUCGUGGCAAAGCCAUCCGCAAGCUGAUGGAGGAGUUCAAGGUGGAUAUCCGGUUCCCUCAACCAGGCUCCGACGAGCCCGACAAAGUGACGGUGACAGGGCUUCCUGAGACUGUCGACAACGCCAUCGACCACCUGCUCAACCUGGAGGAGGAAUAUAUGCUCAAUGUGACUGAGACGGAGACCUUGGCAGCUUACAUGAAGCCUCCAUCUCGCUAUGGAGGGGGAGGGGGAGCAGGAGUGGAUGAUAGCAGCGGGGGUCCGGCUAAGGGCUUUGUGGUGCGGGACGCCCCCUGGAACGCAGCAGGGAACAAGGCUCCUGACAUGAGCAGUGCGGAGGAUUUCCCCACAUUCGGGACAGGUGUGGCCCCGAAGCAAGCGUCCGCCUGGGGUCCCAAGAAGUUCUGAAGCCGCUCAUAUGGAGGAAAACAAAAAAAAACUUCUGUAAAGUAGAUGAUGAGAGGCAAAACAAAUCUCUAAUCAAAUUGCUGCUCGCCUUCCUCCCUCCUCCUCUUCUCGUUAGUGACCUCCCUUUGUCUCUCUUUCUCUGUAAACCCCUUGUACCGUCCUCCCACAACCAGCCACAAUGAAUUCUGGGAGAACUAUCCCUUCUUUUUUCUCUUAGUACCUCCACCUCCUCCUUCCCCCCGAGAGAGGAAAAAAAAGAACAUUGCUCUCUUCAUAGUUUUGCUGUCCGCCCUGCCUCUCGGUUGCACCACCCCUGCCGAUCUCGCUGAAACAUUUUAAAAACUCCUUUUUCACCUCUGACUGCCAAACUCUCCUCCUGAAAAUACAUCAUCACCUCACUGCAGUACAUUAGAAAUGUUUAAACUCUUCAGAAUCUGCUAAAUCCGAGAAGUGGGGUCAGAGAGCACCGGGGAAAUACCCUCGGACACCUGAAGCAAGACGCUUUCAGGGAGGUGGUGGUCAUGUAUCCAAGUAACAACAGCUAAAUCUUGGAUUUUUUUUUAUGCUCAAAAAAAGAGGGAAGUUUUACUGUGCAAGAAGAGUUCGUAAACAAUGACAUCUUUUAAGGUUCUUUUCCUGUGGUUUUUACAAGGAGGUUUCUUGUUGGCUCACCUUUCCAGUCACUAACGUGGUGCAGCAGGUGAGGCAAUAAGCUGUGUGUGUGUGUGUGUGUGUGUGUGUGUGUGUGUGUUAGUGGGUUCAGGAGAGGUUUUUCGCCCACAAGUGUUUGUAGAUGCCCUUUUUAUUUAUGUCGGAGUUGGGAGCAAAAACAGCUGCUGUAGUCGACUCACUGGAGGUUUUCUUUUUAAAUCCUGAUGAAUCAAAAUACAUGGAAGUUACUUUGUAAUGAAGGUCGUUUUGUCACAACUGUUUAUUUAUUCAAAAAGGAGCCAUUUUAUUUGAACUACUGUGAUCAUGCGUUUUUAUAAAAGCACCCACUGUAGCUUGAUGCUUACAACCUUAUGUUUGGGAGUGAAUGCUGUACGUCAGGGUUUGGGCAACAGUUGUUAUGUGUAAGUGUACAAAGAACUUUUCGCUAUUUUUUUAAACUGUGUGGGAUUUUUGUUGUUGUUGGUUUCUGGCAUAUUUGGAAGACUGUAUGUGUGUGAGUGUGUGUGUGGGUGCGCAUGAAAGUUAAGAUGUAUAUUUGAAUGAAGCUGAACCAAACUUUUA